UCCACAAUGUUUGAUUCUUAUGGGUUUACAAGUACGAGUUGAAGCCAUAAUAUUAUCUCUAAAUAUAUGGUUGUGAUAUGAAAGAUCAUACCUUCUUGCAAGUUGAGAAACAGAACACAUGAUAUUGUCUUUCUCUCACAAUGUCGCUAUUGGUAAUUUAAUUGCCCUUUUAUCAGUUAUUGUACAUUUGAAGCUUUAGCAAACCACUAUAUAAAGCAUGUGAUAGGCAAAGCACCAGCACACAUUCCUCUGUAAUUCCACCAAAACAACUUUUCACAAAGAAAAUACUCUCACAUUGUUUUACUUCAUUCAUCAACCUUCAGAAAUAUGGCUAUUCGUAUCCCACGGAUCAUUCAAGCAAAACAAAUUCUCCAAAGGUCUUUGUCAAAUGGAACUCGCACGUCAACAAUGGAUCUACCAAAAGGGUAUUUUGCAGUUUAUGUUGGGGAACAGGAAAAGAAGCGCUUUGUGAUUCCUGUAUCCUUGUUGAGCCAACCUUCAUUUCAAGAGUUAUUACAACAGGCUGAGGAAGAGUUUGGAUAUGACCAUCCAAUGGGCGGCCUCAGAAUCCCAUGUAGUGAGCACACAUUCUUUGAUCUCGCAAAUCGUCUGGACGCUUUAUGAACUAAACUUCUAGCAUUGUAGUCGUAAAAAAACGAUUUGUAAAGCACUCACUGAUCACUAACCUUUUUGCAACACGUGACAACUCUUGGUUGUCCAGGUUGUUUAGGAUUCGAUUUCAGAUUCGUUUUGAAUCCAGUUUGUAUUGUUAAACGAUGUAAGCUAGACUUCAAUGAAAAACAAAAUUCACUAUAUAA